CGAAUGGAGGGAGGAGAGAGAGAGAGAGAGAGAAAGAGAGAGAGAGAGAGAGGGAGGGUAGAGAGAGAGGGGGCGGAGCCUCAGUAGAUUUUUCUCUCAGUUCUUCUGCUCUGCUCUUGUGGUGCGCGAUGGCUUUGAGACGAGUGUCCGAACGGAGUGAGGGAAGGAAAAAAGGAGGAAAUCUGCUCCCUCUGUCCUAAUGCAGCACUGAGGAGGGGGCAGGAGACUGAAGCAAAGAGGCAGAGGGGGAAGAGAAGCUCCUGGGGCAAAAGGAGGAGGGGGGGGCAACAUGGUGCUUGGGGCAAAUGAGCUGGAAUAAGAGUUGCGCACACUUGAAGUGGAAUAACUCUGCUGCGAUGGAUAAGUGCACAAGUGCAUGAAGAACAAAAGGCAAAAGAGGAGGAGGAGGAGGGCAGCAUGGAUAUACACAGGGGUAAAAAGGUCUCAGGCUCCAGAUGUCCGAUCCCCUGGAGGUUUCCUGGGUUCAGCCCCAGUGGAGUGUGACGGCCAGGAGUGCAAAGGCCGGGCUGGAGGAGGCAUGGGCUGGGCGCUGGGCACCAUGAGUCCUGCCAUGCUGUGAUAUUUUAGCAUGGAUGGCGCCAGUCACAGAACCUGUGCCCUCUAAUGAGACCACUGGACGACUGAGGUGGAGGACUAGCAAUUACAGAAGGAUUAGCCAUUCGACUUCCUGUGAACUUUGCAUUAGCGUAAUCUUUUAAAAGGACUUUCAUCCUUCCUUUGCUGGAUUUAUUUCAUCUGCGUUCUCCUCCUUUAAACCACAGAUUCUGUGUUUAUUAUUAUAAUUAUUUGAAUAUUUUCCUUUAUUUUGGUCCCACAAUGGAGUUCCAGGUGGGGCUGUGGAAUAGCGAUUGGACAUCAUGCUUUCGGUUUUGGUUUACUGUGCUGCUGAGCCUGCAAGUGCAGUUUGGCCCUGUGGCCCCCUGUCCCAAAGAGUGCCGCUGUGACAAAACGUUUGUUUACUGUAAUGAGAGGAGUCUGACAUCUGUGCCUCUGGGAGUGCAGGAGGGAUACAAAACCCUCUUCCUCCACAACAACCAGAUCAACAACGCUGGCUUUCCGCUGGAGCUGCACAAUGUGGCUUCAGUGGAGACUGUCUACUUGUAUGGGAACCAGUUGGAUGAGUUCCCCCUCAACUUGCCGAGGAAUGUAAGAGUGCUCCAUCUGCAGGAGAACAACAUCCAGACCAUUUCCAGGGCAGCCCUGGCCCAGCUACCCAUGCUGGAAGAGCUGCAUCUGGAUGACAACUCCAUCUCCACCGUUGGGGUAGAGGAAGGGGCUUUUCGGGAAGCGGUCAGCCUCAAACUCCUCUUUCUCACCAAGAAUCACCUGAGCAGCGUCCCCAUCGGAUUACCGGCAGACCUGAAAGAGCUGCGCCUGGAUGAGAAUCGCAUCACCGAAAUAGACGAAGAGGCAUUUCAGAAUGUAACCAGCCUGCAGCGGCUCCUUUUGGACGGCAACCUUCUGGAAGAUGAGGCCAUUGCUCCUGGAACCUUCCAGAACCUGGUGAACCUGAAGGAAUUGUCCUUGUCCCGCAACUCUCUGACAGCUCCACCACCGCUGCUUCCUGGGGCAUCCCUGAUCAAGCUCAACCUGCAGGAGAACCAGAUGCACAACAUCCCCGUAACAGCUUUCGCUGGGCUUGGAAAGCUGGAAAGACUUGAAAUCUCAAAUAACUUGCUUCAGGCUUUGCCACUGGGAGUCUUUGAUGGCCUGAUUAGUUUAACACAUAUCAGUGUCCGGAACAACCACUGGCGUUGCGAUUGCUCCAUCAAGUGGGUUAUUGCCUGGCUCAAGUCCCUGCCGUCCUCUCUGAAUGCCCGUGGGUUCACAUGUCACAAACCAGAGAGGGUAAGGGGGAUGGUGAUCCGAGAGCUCACUCUGGAUGCCCUCCAGUGCCCAGCUGGCACAGAACUCCAUCCAUGGUUCACUACUCAGGUACCUCCAUCUCCAUCAACACCUCACAGAACAACCAAUCCUCCCAGAAACAUCCACACCACAAUCUCAUUCACAACUUCCAACCCAACCUCACCUAGUCCCACACCACCUGCACCCCAUUUCCCACCUGGUCCCUUUCCUCCCUAUGAUGACCCUUUGAAAAUGUCCUUGUAUGUAGUGAACUCCACCAGCAUAGAGGUGAGCUGGGAGUCCUAUUUUACUGUCACAGCUUACAAAGUCACCUGGGUCAAGAGAAGCCAGAAUCUCAUGACAGACAUGAGCCAGGAGAGGACGGUCCCAGGGGACCAACGGAGGCUUAGCUUGUAUAACCUGGAGCCUAGAUCCAUCUACCGCGUCUGUGUGUACGUUCUGGAUACCCUCAACAGUUACAGACCGGGAGAGGAUACAAUUUGUUCGGAGGUCAAGACCAAGUCUGCUCCCGGCUCAACUAAGGUAACAGAGUCUGAGCGAGCUGCCCAGCAAGACAGCACUUCCACGCUUCUGUUGGCUGGAGCGAUAGGCGGAGUAGUGUUCGUGGUCUUGGUGACUCUUCUCAGUCUAUUUUGCUGGCACAUGCACAAGAAGAGCAGGUCAUCCUCGUCCAAAUGGAAAUAUAACAGGGGCAGGAGAAAAGACGACUACUGUGAGGCCGGCACCAAAAAGGAUAAUUCCAUCCUGGAAAUGACUGAAACCAGCUUUCAGAUAGUUUCACUGAACAAUGAGCAGCUCUUAAAGGGUGAUUUCAGAAUCCAGCCCAUCUACACUCCCAAUGGAGGCAUUGGGUACAGAGACUGCCAUGUCAGUAACAAUAGCAUUGCAUACUGCAAGAGCAGCAAUGUUCCAAGUGUGGACUUUUGCCACACGUGAUGCUACAGCCGUUUUCAAGAACAAAAAAUGUAGUUCAACAUAUACUGUACUAUAUGCAUAUACGUAUAUAUAAAUAUAUAUAUAUAUUUCCAGGUUGAGUCGACAUGGUAAUUUAUACUGUGGACAAUUAUGUGGCUGUUUUUUAAUUUCACUCUUAGUAAAUAUGAUACAAAUGGUUUUGUAAUUAGCGGGGCUUGCUCAAGGGUGGCGCAGUUGUAUUUGUACAAUCAUGGCA